AGACGUAGCUGCAUAGCCUUUGCAGCGUUGAGUUACCCAAAUGGAGGGUAGCAUUCGCCCGAGAAGGCAGUCAAUCCUCAUCGGACAACGGUCACUCGAUGUGUAUGGAGAGACCGAGAAAGGACCAAAGUUCGUCUUAUGGCUCAUUCGAAUGUUCCGAAAAUGGGGAUUUUUCAUUGCUGAGUGGCCAUGGACUGCCAUAAUAUUGUGUUUAAUUGUGUCUGCUAUAUCAACAGUCAAAAUCGUAUUAACACCUCAACGGAAUGAAAUUACGGGAUACACACCUUAUGGAGCUCGAGCCAAUGACGAGUUCUUAGAGUACCAGAACUUCUUUUCCUCGCAAGGGCUACCAGUCGCUCCCUACCUCUUCGUAGUGGCCAGAGAUAAUGGAAGCAUGAUACGACCUGAGUACAUGCGCGAGACUGUAAAGAUCUUGAACUAUGCCAUGAACAACAUAACGAUGUUCAACCGGAUUACCGGAAAUAAUGAAAGUUUCAAUCAAUUCUGCGACAGCUUUUGUCAAAGCAACGAACCCAUACGACAGUUCUAUAACGGUUAUGUUAUCCUUACCGAGCCAGGAACGGAACGAACAUCUAGGAUAAAGCUACAGUUUCCUCAGUCAUCGGUGUUUGGUAGAACAUUUAGCUUACAGCAAAACUUUUUCGGUGUUGAAGUGUACAACGAUACAGAAGACUCUGUUCCGCGUCUACUAGGAGGACCAGAUGUUAUUGAUAUAUUUAUAAACUCAACGGACGUGAUCCCGGAGCUACCCCGAGUGACGAACAUAAAGUCGGUGAAAAUGCUGGCCAUGCAGUUCCGAGCUGAGCACAAACCCGGCUGGACUGACGCCGAUGUCAAGCAUUGGGAAAUGAAGUUUACGGAAGUGUUUGAGAGAAGCUAUCACUCUGACUUAGUCAAAGUCUUUGCCUACUCGCAGUCUUAUGUAGAGGAGGAAAUGGUCAGAGGAGGAAUCAUCAUGCUUCCUUACCUGGUCGUUGGCUUCGCAAUCAUGUGUGUGUGCAGUAUAGUAUCAGUAAUGAUCAGAGCGCUGUAUAUGCACCAAGAAAACUGGUACAAGACAGCUUUGGCUAUCAUGGCCUGCCUCACACCUCUUCUUGCGUGUUCCACGGCUCUAGCCGGAAUGUUCAUAUGCGGAGUACGAUUUGCUUCAAUAUUAUGCGUCAUUCCAUUUUUGGUACUUUCCAUUGGUGUGGACUCCUCGUAUCUGAUGAUUCAUGAAUGGCAAAGAGUCACAGAACAUAUGCGAGAAGAAAUGCCAAGGAAAAAAGAUAGUGUGGGACAUCGGAUGAGCGAAGUUCUUUCCGAAGUCGGUCCCGCCAUUCUGAUCUCAUGUUUGACCAAUGUUUUCGCUGAUUUUGUUGGCUCAUACACAUCAUCUCCGGAAAUCACACUUCUAUGCUCUGGCAACAUGCUCUCCAUGGUGUUGGCAUUCAUCUAUCAGAUGACUUUCUACGCUGGUUUGAUGUGCAUCGUAGGUCGAUAUGAGAUCGUUGAGGACGAAGAGGAGAAAAAUAAAAUGGAAAUCAACAUCGCUGACAACAAAGUAAACAUUGCGCGUCAUCAUCGUCCUCUUACCAGAAAACCUUCAAAAUUCCACGAAGCCACGAAACCCGUUAUCAGCAAAUUCAUGAGAGACUACGUGAACAUCAUGACCACACCAGCGGUCUAUAUUGGCAUAGUCGUCAUCUACGUUGCAUAUUUGAUCUUCAGCAUCUAUGGAAUAACCAUCAUCAACAUCAGUUUGACCGCAACUAAACUAUUUGCCACGGAUUCCCCGCUAUUGGAGUUGGACCACUAUCGCGUCAAAUAUCAAGUACCUUCGUAUUCAAUGGCCACGGUAUUCGUUCGAACUCCUGGAAAUCUAUCAGAACCUCAUAGGUUGCGGCGAAUCAAUCAGCUUGUAGAAGACAUGGAACAACUGAAAGGUAAAUGGGGUGAAAACUGGGGACCCGUCGGAACAAUGUUCUUCAUGCGAGACUACGCGAAUUUUCAACAAACUUUCGCGGACGCGGACGAUUUUGCUGAACCAGACGAAGAAAUAGAGACCACAACAACUGCCAUAAUUGAGGUGACACACUUCAGUGAUGACGAAUUGAAAUACUUCCUAAAGUGGCCUGAAUAUGAUUACUGGUCAGGUUUCGUAAAGCUGAGGAACGGAACACAUGAAGGAGAAGAACACCUUGAUCGCUUCUUUUUUACCACUGGAUUCCAUGGCGAAGCGCUUUCUGACUGGAACCAAAGAGGUGCUAUGUUACGAGAGUGGAGGAGAGUAGUCGAUAAGUACAGUGAAUUUAAAACUUCGGUGUUCCAUGAAGAUGGUGUGUAUCUAGAUCUCAUUGAUAAUAUGGCAACCGAUACAUGGCAGUCAGUGCUCGGUACUCUCGUCUGCAUGGCUCUCGUCUGUUUUGUGUUCCUCAACAACUUCUUCACUGUCGCCAUAGCAAGUCUUUCAGUGCUCUCCAUUUGUGCAGGAAUCCUUGGUAUACUGUCAUGGUGGGGAGUGGACCUCGAUCCCAUUACUAUGGCUGCUACCAUCAUCUCCAUCGGUUUCUCAGUCGACAUACCAGCGCAUGUGUCCUACCAUUACUAUCAAGCCUCUAUACAAGAAGGACCGGCAUCAAGGCCAGCUGACAGAUUAGCCAAUUGUCUGUCGUCUGUAGCCUUUCCUGCUGUACAAGCCGCGCUCAGCACCAUACUCUGUGUCUGCAGUUUGCUGUUCGUCAAUCUGUACAUGGCUCAGGUAUUUGUAAAAACAAUGGUAUUGUGCGUGGUCCUCUGCAACUUGCAUGGGCUUUUGUUCCUUCCAGCAAUACUAAUCAUGGCCGAUUCCAUCAGAUGGGCUUUUCGGCCAAAAGGAGCUGCAGCUCAAGCAAAAGCGCAACAAAAUGCGGCUAGGGCAGCAAAGCAAAAAAAUGGAAGGAUUGCUCCUGAGAAAAGCUUUGUCACAGACCGUCCUGAGGUUUGAGUCCUUGUACGGGCUCUGCUUACGUGGACAUCAACAAAACGGGAUAUUCUCUCAAAUCUUCUUCUUUAAUCACUUUCAAGUUGUUCUCGCAUGCUCAUCAUUAUUACAUCGACAGCGUUGUCGAUAUGUAUGUAAAUAUUUCUAGGUG